AUGUUUUCAAGGGAGCUGGCGGACGGUGUUCAAGAUUUUAGAAGUUUUGUCGCCGCAAUAGCAUCAGACCCUCCCCCGGAAGUGGUAGCGCAUACUAUCAUCAUGGACGCUCUCCGAACCGGUGCAUUACACAAAGACUGUCCAUCGUACCCUUUUGAGGCAGCAGUAAGCAUUACCGUAUAA